UCCCUGUGACCUUCCCUUCUCUUUCUUUUUCUUCUCCCUUCACUUCAUCAUGUUCCAAAUUCAAAAUUGAAUACGAAAGUAAAAUACACACUUUAUAUUUAAAUAUUCAAUUGUGAAUUACUUUCUUCACCCAUAGAUCAAGAUUCAGCAUGAAGCAUACUCUAGUAAGGUCAGCAGCACGAGCUCUGCUUGGCGGUGGCCGGAACUACCACCGCCACUUCUCAACGGCGGCGAUCGUAGAGCCGAGACACCAGCAUGGUGGCGGCGCGUUUGGAAGCUUCUACUGGAGGAGGAUGUCGACCCUGCCAGAGAUAAAGGAUCAGCAGUCAGAGGAGGAGGAGAAAAAGAACAAGGUCAACGACAACAGCAGCAACAGCAACGCUGUCGUUUCGAGUUACUGGGGGAUCUCGAGGUCCAAGGUUCAGAGGGAGGAUGGUACUGCGUGGCCAUGGAACUGUUUCAUGCCAUGGGACAGUUAUCGUGCAGAUAUGUCAAUAGACGUGACCAAGCAUCACGCACCAAAGUCGUUUACGGACAAGGUUGCUUUCAGGGCUGUUAAGUUUCUUAGGGUUCUCUCAGAUUUGUACUUCCAGGAGCGGUAUGGGUGCCAUGCGAUAAUGCUGGAAACGAUUGCAGGUGUUCCUGGAAUGGUGGGAGGGAUGCUGCUGCACUUAAAGUCUCUAAGAAAGUUUCAGCAUAGUGGGGGGUGGGUCAAAGCAUUGCUUGAGGAAGCAGAGAAUGAGAGGAUGCACCUGAUGACCUUUGCGGAGCUUGUGAAACCAAGCUGGCAUGAGAGGUUGUUGGUUGUUGCUGCACAGGGAGUUUUCUUCAAUGCUUUCUUUGUGUUUUAUCUCAUCUCUCCAAAAGCGGCACAUCGGUUUGUUGGGUAUUUGGAGGAAGAGGCUGUGAUUUCAUAUACACAUCAUUUGAAUGCAAUUGAGAGUGGUAAAGUAGAAAAUGUCCCUGCUCCUGCCAUUGCAAUUGAUUACUGGAGGCUUCCCAAGGAUGCAACUCUCAAGGAUGUUAUCACUGUGAUUCGCGCUGAUGAGGCUCACCAUAGGGAUGUUAACCACUUUGCUUCUGAUAUUCACCAUCAAGGAAAGGAAUUAAAAGAGGCUCCAGCUCCUAUUGGUUAUCAUUGAGUCAUUGUUAUUGUUUUUAAACAAAAAAAAAAAAAAAAAGUUCUAGCUAUUGUUGUCUAAACUUUUAAAUUGUGCCUGAAGGUUGAAUAAAAUGUGUUUUCAGUGUGCAUUUUA